UUUAUUUGCAAGAGAGUCAAAUUUAAUUCAAGCAAAUCCAUAGUUGGAAAGGGGAAGCUUUAACCACAUUCUGUUAAGGCCAGUUGGUUUUACGAGAUACCACAUCUUUUAACAAAACUUUCCUUUCUAAAACAAUCUCUGAACCAACCAAAUCCCGACUGAAAUUCAGACCUCAUCCAUACAUACAUCCAUAACUUUCAUUUUCUCUCUCCUCAUUCUCUUUCACAAACAUGGCUACUUCUUCACUACCCAAACUACCCCUCACUUCAUCUUCAUCAUCAUCAAACUCCUUUAAACCUCCCACAAACCCAUCAAUGUUACAAUUACAUACCCAAAAACAAGAACAAGGAAAAUCACUAAUAAGAAGAGAUUUGUUGUUAAAGGGUGUCUCUUUUUCUCUCCUUCAUUUUGUACUAAAAUCCCCUCCUCCUUCACAAGCUAGAGAUGUAGAUGUAGGAUCAUUUUUGCCGCCUUCGCCGUCUGACCCUUCCUUUGUUCUCUUCAAAGCCACUUCUAAGGACACCCCUGCCCUCCGUGCAGGGAACGUAGCGCCUUACCAAUUUGUAUUGCCACCGACAUGGAAGCAGUUGCGAAUAGCCAACAUACUGUCUGGGAAUUACUGCCAGCCAAAGUGUGCAGAACCAUGGAUUGAGGUUAAGUUUGAAGAUGAGAAACAAGGGAAGAUACAAGUUGUAGCUUCCCCUCUCAUUCGUUUAACCAACAAACCUAAUGCAACAAUCGAAGAAAUUGGCAGCCCUGAUAAACUAAUCGCUUCCCUUGGACCUUUUGUUACCGGGAACACCUUAGACCCGGAUGAGCUGAUUGAGACUUCUGUUGAGAAAGUUGGUGAUCAGACGUACUACAAAUAUGUAUUGGAGACGCCAUAUGCUCUGACAGGAACACACAAUCUCGCCAAAGCAACAGCAAAGGGAAACACAGUCGUUUUAUUCGUUGCCAGUGCAAAUGAUAAACAGUGGCAGACCUCCCAGAAAACUCUGCAAACUAUAGUAGACUCUUUUCAAGUAUAGUUUUAUGCUGGAAUCAUGUAAUGCUUCUUUCACUAUAAAUUAUAUUGUUUGAACUGUAAUACAAUGAUAUAACAGAUCAGAUUCUUGUUGUGCAGUUAA